CCUCCUAAGCAAACAGAUCCUGAUUACUCAAACAUCACAAGGCAUGUUUACGAAUAAACCCCUCAUUUUCCACUUAAUCCGUUGGAGCAACUCAAGUCAGAACACACUUGCUUUCCACUCCCUAUAAAUAUAUAUAAUUUCACAACUUCCCUUAUUAUUCCUGCCCUGUUGUGGUUGCGUCGAAGCCGAAGGAAACCAUGGAGCAGAGUAACGGCAACAUCAUGGCGAAGAAACACGGCGAAUUCUCACCGGUGGUCAUCAAGAGCAAGCAGACGAAGCGCCUCCGGGCGGCGGUUUCCGCAUCCUCCUCGUCGGCGGAAUCCUUCAGCAGCAGCGCCGACCCGGAGGAGGAGGUCAUGGCUCGCUGCCUCAUCCUCCUCGCGCAGGGGCGCGUCUCUCCGCCGCCUUCAGAUUCCUCCGAUUUGAAGUCCUCUUCCACUCCGGCUGCAGCCAGCGGAGGCGGCCGCAGGUUCUCCAGCAGGGAGUGCGCGUACGACUGCAAGACGUGCGGCAAGAGCUUCCGCUCCUUCCAGGCCCUCGGCGGCCACCGCACCAGACACAAGAAGCCCAAGGACUUGCCGCCUCCUGCGACGGCGGAGGACGGCGCCGGCCGAACCGUCUUUACUGGCUCACCGAAGUCGCCGAGGGAGCAUGAGUGCGCCAUCUGCAGGACGUCUUUCUCCUCCGGCCAAGCUCUCGGAGGUCACAUGCGUAGGCACCGCCGGAUAACCACCGCCGCGGACGAGCCCGCGCCGCCGGAAGCGAAGAAGGAGUUGACCAAGAACGCCUUCGUUUUGGAUCUCAAUCUCCCCGCGCCGUCGGAGGACGACGGCGCCGAGGAGCGGCAGCCGGUCUCUCCGCCGCCGUCAAGCCUCGCCUUCUCCUUCGAGAACCAUCAACCGCUCAUCUUCUCGUCACGUCGUCCCUGGCGAUGGUUGAUCACCAUUCUUAACCAAAACAAAUCCAUGCCGUGAAAAAAUAG